AUGUCGACUCACCAUCCAACUUUUGGAAGGUCAUCGGGGAUAGGAAAUGUUUUUAAAUCGAUAUCUAAAUCAUUAAAAUCAACAUCUAGUAAGAAUGUACCGAUACUGAUAAACCCUACGGUUAUCGGAGGUGGGAGUGAUCAACAGAAGCUAUUAAAUCAAUUGCAAAAUGGCCCAUUGCCUCGUAGGGCUUCAGCGGCAUCAAAGGUUACUGAAUCUUUAAGGACAUAUGCAAUUUCAUCAAUACCAGAGAUUUGGUAUUUGGCUAGGGAUAUGUGUGACUCAAGAAUUCAAUCCUAUAUUCGACGAAUUGCCCUUGAAUUGCUAACUGAAUGUAUCAAACAAGACGAUACGGCAUCUGUUAGCAUUAGAUUAAUGUAUUUUAAAGAUAUUGCGUCAUUUUGCCAGCUAAGUGAAAAUAAGAUAGACCCUGAUUUAGAUCUAUUUUUAAAGGCUCUCAGAAUGUUGACGAAUGAUGGCAGGGAUAUCCAUGACGUUUGUAUUUACGAUAAGGAGAAAAACCUUAAUCGGUUUAUUGAGCAAUGUCUAUUUGUAUUGGGGAGGUCAGCUAAGUAUUAUACAGACAGAGACGACCAAGAGACUUUAUCGGAUAAUAGUGUGUUCCAAAAUUUACUUGAGAUAAUACGAUUGACUGAAAAUUGUCUCAAGUUCAGUUUCAGUUAUAUUGAUGAAACUACAAUCUCUUCGGUAAUAAUUCAAAUUGUAUCUAUAGCAUCUAUGACAAGUAACACCCAAAUAAUAAUUGGAUGCUUAGAACUACUUCGUUCUGUUGUUGUGUUUGGAAGCAUCCCAAUGAAAUGUUAUGGCGAUAUCAUAGAAUUUCUCUGCUCUAUCCACGGUUUAAAUAAUGAGUUAAGUACACUAACUUGGGAUUUGAUUAACAAUUUGUAUAUAGAACAGAAAUUGCAAAUUGUCAUAUCUACGCUUUGUGAUAUUGCACUGAAUAAUGAUGUCCAACAUUAUAAAACAAUGGACACUAUAAAUUAUUCAAAUAUAUUGUCUUCUGUGAGGUCAAAUGUGACAAUUAAUUCCCAUAACAGUACUAGAGAACUAAGUCGGUCAUUGGUUACAUGCUUGGGUUCGAUUCAAAUAUUAGAAAGAAUCAUAAUAAUUAGUUGCUUGGAAAAUAGAUCAAUGAUAGAUGGUUCGUACAUUUUGAUUUUCAAAGCUGCACAGAAAACAAUUUCUUAUAACAUACCUAUUAUUAAUACGGCUUACUUAAGAUCGUUUGAUAGACUAUUUUCAAGCCACUUUGAUGAAGAAUUCAAUAUGAGAAUUCCGUUUGAUAAAUUAUUACCAUUUCAGUUAUGGUAUUCAAAUACCUUUUCAUUAUAUGACGUCUUAGCAAGUCUUAGACUAAACUCAGAACAAGACAUUAAUUAUUUAAAAUCGAUUUGUACGUCAUUACAAGAGUUAUAUGAGAGCCAUGAGUUACAUUCUCCAAAGGACAAGUUAGUCAAUUUUUUUAUGGACCAUUACCAAUACUUAUCUGCAAGCAAUAUCAAAUUUAUUCUAAAUUAUUAUUCUGAAGAAAAAUUGUGUUCCUUAUUGAAUCCCUUAUGGAAGGAGAAUUGUGUCAAGCUUUUGGAUUACUUUUAUUAUCCCCUGCUAAUAAAGGCAACAUCUUCUUCCACGAAGUUAAGUGGCGAGCAUAUGGACAGCGAGCAAAUUGCAAAUAUUAGACUUGAGACGUUGAGGGUUAUAAAAGAAGGCCAUGAUAUAUCGAUGUCCAUAUUUGAUGAGAAUAUUAUUAAUUAUGAAAUAAUUUUUGAUCUAUUUAAAAAAUCUAUCGUCGAACAGGACGAGAGGAUUACCAAAUAUUUGGCGGAUAACUUUCUAACUGAUAUUGCAUUAAGAUCCCUGUUGUCAUUUUUCAAUGAGCUAUCUAAAGUAUUCAUGCCAGGGUUUCAGGUGAAAAAUAAUACAGAAAGGCGUAGAAGUUUAGUAUCUAUAAGUUCACUAGGAUCUACUUCACAGGCCAGCGGUAUUUACGAACAGUAUAAUCAGUUUUCAUCGUCAUUUUUGCAAACUGUAACAGAAUCAAUUGUACGUGUAUUUAUAAUAUCUUCGACUGAAGAUGCGGCGAAAGCACAAGAAGUAUUUCGUUUGAUAAUAAUAAUAUGUCAGUAUGCAUUAGCAGUCGAAGAUGCCGAUUUGUUAUUAAUUUUAUGCAGAUGUUUAGUAAGAUUGAGAGUCACUAGUGAGAGAUUUCUAUUCUUUAGUAAACCGAUAGAUAUGGAUGGGUUAGCAACAGCCUUUGGCAGAAAUACACAGGAUGCUGAUUUCAAUAAGGAUGAAAAUUUCCAAUGGACAUAUCCAGAAGCGCUUGAAUAUUUACCAGAAAAAUUCUUUAACCAACCAUCUAAGGGAUUGAAAUUAUUCAAUCCCAAUGGCAUCAAGAUGAUAUUCGCGGAAGAUGAGUAUAGUGUUGAUAUAUCUAAAUGGUUUUCAAUAGUUUUAGAAAUCAUGUCAAAAUUCAUAAAUUGGGAAGUAUAUUCUUAUAUUUGGGCACAUUUUUGUUCACAAUUAGCAAACAUGAUGCUAUUCUUGAAUAAUGCUGAAGAGAUUGUGAAAUUGAAGACUAUUGUUUGUGAUCAACUAAUGCUUAAUUUGCCAAAGACUUUGUCGGUUCCGGAACAUCUAACAAAAGCAAAUCUACAAGUUGCAUUUGUGAGAACAUUGUCAGCAUUGCUCGGUUAUCAUGACUUUUUUUCGAAGUAUGAUGAAGAUCAAAUAAUUAAGGCCUUGCUCUUUGGAUUGAGUUCAUGGGAAAAGACAGCCAUUCCUUGCAUAAAUAUAUUAACCGUAUGUUGUUAUGCAAUUCCAUUAUCUAUUAAAAAGUCACUACCAGCAAUUUUAUCCAAGUUACAAACCAGAGUUACAAGUGCAUUUGCUAGUUCACAUACUUUGGAGUUUUUGAUGUCGUUAAUACAUUUACCAACGUUAACUUCUAGUUUUACUAUUGAUGAAUACAAGAGAGUUUUUGCUAUUGCCUUUAAAUAUAUCGAAUAUUCUAACGAUAUUAAAGAACGUAAGACUACUGAUGAAUUCCAAGAAGAAAUACUUCAAACCCACGGAAUUGAUGCAGAGGUUGAACAGACUCCUACGACCCAAGCAACGAAGAUUACUCCUAUAUUAUCGGAAUAUUUGUCAACUUUAUCGUAUAAUGUCAUUUCAAGCUGGUUCUUGAAAAUGGAUCUUAGCGAGAGGAAGCAGGUAUCAUCAUUUUUAAUUAAAAAUUUAAUAUUGUUAAGUAAUGAUGGAAAGAUGUUAAAUGAUCAAACCUUGGCAUAUUUGGAAUUAAUUGCCCGAUUCACUUAUUCUGACUUGCCAUUGAAGAUAAUUAAUCCAUCUAAAGCUAACGAGAUAUUAUUCAAAAAAUUACAAAAUACUGGCCACGAAAACUACAUGAGUACAAAUAGAUGGAUUUUGGGAUGUAGCAUCAUUAGUAUCGAUACUAACAUGAUUACAGGCGAAUCAUUAUUUACAUUUAGGCGACCAACUGGGGUCUCCAUAUUUCGUGUUGAGUUAGACCCAUCUAUGAUCCCUGAGUGGAUUUCAUUAACAAAGUCUAAUCUUUCAAGCGGAACUAAUUUAAAACCAGUUUUCAAUUCAAAUCAUAUGCUUUUACAAAUAUUUAGUAGUAUGGACACAGAAAACAAAUUUAAACCGUUACCUUUAAUUGAAGAGCCAGUAACUUUAAGAGCAAUAUCGGCCUUUGAUCGAAUACCGGUUGUAGAAUAUCAUAAGGUUGGGUUAAUAUAUAUUGGGCCUAACCAAUCCGAAGAGACUGAAAUAUUAAGCAACAAAGUGGGGUCUCAUGACUUUCAGCAUUUACUAGAUAAUAUAGGGGAGUUGAUUAAAUUGAAGGACAGUAAGGAUGUCUACCUAGGCGGUCUAGAUAACGAGAAUAAUAUGGAUGGUGAAUACGCAGUAUUCUGGAGUAACAAAACUACCCAGCUAAUUUUCCAUACUGCCACCAUGAUGCCUCAAAAUGAGAACGACAAGUACUUUGAUUUCAAGAAGAGACACAUCGGCAAUAAUUAUGUUAAUAUAUUCUUCGACGAGUCAGGACUACCAUUUAAUUUCAAUAUAAUCAAGUCACAAUUCAAUUUCUUGAACAUUGUCAUUUCUUCCCAUACACCAUCGUCCUCUUUGGUCGCAGGUAUGGGUGGUUUCAGUAAUGUCGAAUCCAACUCUUCAACUCCCCAAGUUCAAGAAGGCACCGGUAAUGGCUACAUCGGAUCCAGCUAUCAAAAAUAUUUUAAAGUCAAGACCUACAGAAGAUCAGGUGUUCCAGGAGUUUUUGCAACUUGCCACUUCAAAAUCAUUUCUGAAGACCAGUUACCGAUAUUCAUCCGAAAUUUAGCCUUAACAGCAGACUUAUUUGCAUCCGUUUGGCAUUCAAGUGUCACGGGCUCCUACACCUCUAACUGGGCACAGAGAGCGAGGCAGAUCAACAUUUUACGUGAAAAGACAAUCCAAAACCACCAGAAUUUAAGGGAGGAACAGGAUAAAAAUGUAACUACAAAUGCAAAUUCAACUGCUAACAUGAAUACUACCCAUGCUUUUCUACAGCAAUUACAAUUUGAUUUUCAGACUAGUUCCAACCCUAGAGACUAUACGAACGAAAGUGGAGACAAGUACGAAUAUUUAUCGCACAAUGAUAAUGAGCUAUUUUCUGCCUUGGAAUUCAACUCGUAUACCUGA